AUGAUUAUGAAACAACUUUGCCGUAUAUUCAAACAGAUUUCUCUUACCGAUACUUUACAGGCGAGUCCUAGAUCUUUCUACACAAGCACAUUCAAAUAUAGAGAAGUCGUUAAUCGAAAAGAAAUGUUGAAAUCAGUACCAGCUGUAGAUGAGGGGGCCAUAGGUGAAAAAUCCAUUGAUGUAGAUUCCAUGAUACACAAGAAUGUUGAUACUUUCCCUGAUUUCAACACACCUAAUAGAUUGUUUAAUGGUGUCCCAUUCAAGAAUUUACCAAUUUUCAACAUCAGAGUAUCUAAAAAUAAUACAAUAAUAAAUUUGACUGAUGCCAAAGGUUUACCAAAAUUCAUAAGGUCUUGUGGAGUUGAAGGUUUUAAAAAUGCAAGGAAAGGAACUAAUAUUGCUGCUCAAGCAACUGCAGUUUCAAUAGGGACAAAAGCUGUGGAGAAUGGCUACAAAACAGUACGAUUAACAGUGAGGGGUCUGGGACCUGGAAGAAUGGCUGCUAUUAAGGGGUUACAAAUUUCAGGAUUGGAAAUUGUGUCUAUCACUGAUAAUACUAGAGUUUCUUGGAAUCCUCCAAGACCAAGGAAACAAAGAAAAUUAUAG